AUGGAUACUAAAGUAAUCUGUUUAUUUUUCUUUUUUUCGUUGCCUCCGCUGACAGUGGGAAAUCACACUGGUCGUAUCAAGGUGGUCUUUACACCCAGCAUCUGUAAAGUGACUUGUACCAAAGGCAACUGUCAGAACAACUGUGAGAAGGGAAAUACCACCACUCUCAUUAGUGAAAACGGCCAUGCUGCUGACACUCUGACAGCCACUAACUUCCGAGUAGUUAUUUGCCACCUUCCAUGCAUGAAUGGAGGCCAGUGCAGCUCUCGAGAUAAAUGCCAGUGUCCUCCUAAUUACACUGGUAAACUUUGUCAGAUCCCUGUGCAGACUGCCAAUAGUCCAAAACUGUACCAUCACCCACAACAGGUGAACAAGGCUGCAGGAUCACAAAUUAUCCACUCUACUCAUACUUUACCACUGACGAUGUCAGGACAGCAAGGUGUAAAAGUGAAGUUCCCUCCUAACAUAGUGAAUAUCCAUGUGAAACAUCCCCCUGAAGCCUCAGUUCAGAUCCAUCAAGUUUCACGGAUUGACAGCACAUCAACAGGACAAAAAGCGAAAGUACCUCAGCCGGGACAUCCACAGGUCUCUUACCAAGGUCUUCCAUAUCAGAAGACCCAGAAAGGACAUACUGCUUACACAAACCAACAACCCAUUCCUCAUAUGUUUCCUGUUUCAGUUAAAACUCAGCUUGGGCGCUGCUUCCAGGAGACUAUUGGGACACAGUGUGGCAAAGCACUUCCUGGCCUUUCCAAGCAAGAAGACUGCUGUGGAACCGUGGGUACUUCCUGGGGUUUUAACAAAUGCCAGAAAUGUCCCAAGAAGCCAUCUUACCAUGGAUACAGUCCUAUGAUGGAAUGCCCACAAGGCUACAAGAGGAUCAAUGCUACAUUUUGUCAAGAUAUCAAUGAGUGUCAGUUACAGGGAGUAUGCCCUAAUGGCGAAUGCUUGAAUACCAUGGGCAGCUACAGAUGUACCUGCAAAAUGGGUUUUGUGCCAGAUCCUACCCUCUCACGAUGCAUACCUGAUAAUCCCAUAGUUGCUGAGGAGAAAGGACCCUGCUACCGGUUUGUUAGUGCAGGAAAGCAAUGCAUGCAUCCUCUUUCUGUUCAGCUCAGCAAGCAGCUUUGCUGUUGCAGCGUUGGCAAAGCCUGGGGUCCGCACUGUGAGAAGUGUCCACUUCCAGGGACAGCUGCUUUUAAGGAAAUCUGCCCUGGUGGAAUGGGUUAUACGGUUUCUGGCCCUCACAGAAACAAGCUAUAUCAUCACCCUGCAGUUAGAGUACAGCCACCUGUCAUUGGCAAGACCCCGAUUACUCAACCUGUUGCUAAAGGUACUUCUCCUCCACCUCUCCCAGCAAAGGAAGAGCCAGUGGAGGCACUGACCUUCUCACAGAAAAGUGAGACUGAGAUGGCUGUGCAAGAAGUGGCAACUGCAGCCCCUGAUCAG